GUUUGGUUGGGCGUCUUAUCUUAUUCUCUACAAGCAAAACUAAACCGUGAAGUUUGAGAAGGCUACAACAUACUAUCACAGUCCACAAAUAGAAACAGCACCAUGAAGGCUGGGCUGCUGGGAAUGGUGCACUCAACUCCUUGUGCUACCUCAUUCCCUCUCCGCCAUGUUAGAGCCAGGGUUACUUGUUCUUCUUCCUCUGGACAUAUAUCAUUCAUUAAAGAUGUUGCUGCCACUCUACCACCUGAGAAUCUUCAUCACUUGCUUAAAAUGCUCCAGACUAGAGGUGAAACCAUAGUUUCUCCGGGAUCAAGGCAUGGGUUAAUGCCCCUUGCCAUUCCCCUAUCAGAAAAUCCGUCAGGUUCUAUGACUGCUUUGCUGCGGUGGCCAACGGCUCCACCUGGAAUGGAGAUGCCAGUUGUGGAAGUUCACAAGCAUGGGGUGUGGCUUUUAGCCAACAAUGUCGACCAUUAUAUCCAUCGAAUCCUAGUUGAAGAAGAUGCCGACGGAUCACAUGGAAGUAACGGUGAAUUGUUUCAUGCUUCAUCUGAGGCUGGCAAGAAACUCUACACUAGGGGUGAUUUUGCUGAAUCAAAAAUUUCUAAUCUUGAUGUUUAUCUCCUAAAAAAGGUUGGACUAUUUCCAGAUUUGUUAGAGCGGAAGGUUAUGCGACAUUUCGAGGAAGGGGAUCAAGUUUCUGCUUUGGUGACAGGGGAGUUUUAUACAAAAAAGGAUCUCUUUCCCGGAUUUGGAAGGCCUUUUGUAUUCAAUGCUGAGGUUUUGCUUAAGGUAGGGCGUACCUCGGAGGCAAAAGAUUCUGCGAGGGUAGCUUUGAAAUCACCAUGGUGGACUUUAGGCUGCACAUAUCAGGAGGUUGCCGGUAUCGCACAAUGGGAGGAUGAGCAGAUUGAGUACAUCAAAGAGAAGGUGACGGAAGAAGGUAGACAAGAAGACUUGAAGAAAGGGAAGGCUCCUUUGCAGGUUGCAUUAGAUGAGGCUGCUUUUCUGUUGGAUUUAGCUUCCAUUGAUGGAACCUGGGGAGACUACCUAGAUCGCAUCGCAGAGUGUUACAAAGAGGCUGGUCUCAAUGAAAUUGCAAAUUUUAUUUUAUAUAGAGAUUAGGUUCGAGCUCGAGUAAAACGAAACCAAUGGUUGAUAAGUUGCCAAAUUUUGAAUGACUUUAUUCAGAUAGGAAUAAGUUUAUUUAUUUAUUUGACAAACAAUUAUUAUAUAUAGAGAGAGAUUGGAAAAUCAUCAAUGCAGACUCUGAUAGGUUUGUAUUGAGAAAAAUAUUUCUUUCACUUAUGAGUUGCUCAUUUGAGACGGUUCUAUAUAUGUUCUUCUUCCCUCUA